AUGGUUGUAGUGAUUGAAAUGGAUACAGGUGUUGAAGGAAGAGGUUUCAUUUUUGGUCCUCCUAUUGCGAUGGCUAUUGGUGCCAAAUUUGUUCCCAUGAGGAAGCCCAAGAAGCUACCUGGUAUGAUGGCUAGGACUCAGAAGAACAAAGCAACCGCUCAUCAUCUGGAUUUGUUAAAGUGUGGUAUGUCGCCACUAUUACAGAAUCAGCUAGCAGAGUUAACAAAUCAGAAGCAGCAGCAACAAGUGGCAACUGGUGGAGAUAAAAAGAGAAGAAAGCUUGUGGUGGUUUCCCAGAAUUGCAUCGAACCGCUUCAAGCACUUUGUCAUGGUAAUAAAGAGGUGAUGAGCAUGAAAGGUCAGAGUGCAGAUAAGAGGCGCGAUAUAGCGACCUUGAGGAAGAAAAGAAAGGAAGAGAAGAUAGGUGUGUGA